AUGGGCUCAUACCAGUGGAUCCCUUCACAUGGUCUUUUCAAGACUAUAGGUCAGUUUCUUUAUACAUACCUCCCUUUGGGUCCUGAAAAUGUGAGGGACAGUGCUGUUCAGGUCAGGUGCCAAGACCAGAGCACACCAGCUCUGGGUGCCUUCAAAGGAGAAGAAGCCACAGUCCGGGAGGACCCACAGGAGCUCAGCACAAGACAGCAUGGGGCUCAGGAGGGAGCUGAGGAGCUGGACAAGCAAGGGCAAUUUAUGCAGAAAAUCAGCAACAUGGCUCCCAAGACUGAGAACCUUGAGGACCACUUGGAACAGACUCCAUGCUCAGCCUGUUUGCAGGUUUUCACCAGAGACAGCACUUCCAGCAGCGUCUCCAAGGACGCAGGGAUAUCUCAACAAGUACCUCUUGCCUCUUCAUCUAAGCCUCAAGAAAAUGGGACUGUGCCCAACCAGCCACCUCCUCAGCAGAUGAGGAACAACUACCAUUUGUUAACUAGGACUGUUUCUGCAGAAACGGCCAGGCACAGGCAGCUAACCUGGGAACUGGACAGGCUAAUUGUCCUUGGGGAACAGGCUAAUGCCCAGCAUGAACUUGCCAGCAUUCUCCAUAGAGAAUCAGUGCUUGCAAUAAACCAACUAGCUGCCACAGUGGAAGGGGCACUUAGUGCCCUACAGCAAUUUAGUAAACUCUUAAACCAGUCUCUGAAUCCUGGGAAAUAUUGACCAAUAGCUGAGAGAGGUCAUUGUUCACUCUUCUAGGCCUUCAAGGUCAACUGUUCCUUAUAGUAUAAUAGAGAGGCCUGGGCCAGAGGAAAAGCAAGAUCUAUCCAUCAAGGAGAAGUUAAUGGGGUCAUAGUUUCCCUGCUUAAUACCUACCACCAUUUAAAUGUAUUCUGGGCUAUUCUGUUAACUCAGUCACAGUCUCUACUAGUUUUGGGUGAAAUUUCUUUAAGUUUUGUUUUGAUAUAGUUGUGAUCAAUCCACUGCUUGAGCAUACAGACAACGCUGUUUUAUCACCAUGAUUUUUAUAACCUAUCUGAUAUUUUUGCCCUUGUGGCCAAAAAAAUUAGACUUAUGGAUGGCCAGCUACCAGGUUUUAUUUUUAAUGAGUAGGGAAGAAAUAAGAUAGGAACAGGUAAUUUAUAUGCUUCCAGCUAAACCCAUGCUGUCUCACAUUAUUUUAAAUAUUUAGUUAUAUAUUUCUUCACUUAUUUUGCAUAAAUCAAUCUUGCUGCAAGUUGUACUUCUGUUAUCUAAGUAUUAACACUAAAUAAUUCUGAGUUUAAGGGUCUAACCUCUAUAACUUAAUGUAUUUUUUUGCAUUAUUCUUUUUAAUCUUCACUAAUAGGAAGAGAUUCAAUAAUUUAUUUGUAUAUUAUUUUAAAUGUCCAGACUGGUCCCUGGAGAACAGGAAUAUCUAGGAACUCUUAAUAUUUUAGAUAGGAGGAUAUAACAUUCAUGUCCAGACUUUUUGACAGCAAGGUAUUGAUGGAAGAAUUAGGCAAUAAUUGGCAGUUAGGAAACCCAGGGAAGUGGUUUAUAAACUGUCAUCCACAGAGCUCUGAGGUUUCCAUGGAGGUUUCUCAAGACUCAUUGCAGGCUCCAAGCCCCUUCCUGCUGUCUUCAACCCAAGAAGCUUUUCUUAUUGGACUUUUGAGAGUCCACUGUUGUUAAAAAAAAUUUUUUUUAAGUCAAUAAAAACAGCGUGAGCCAGAUCAUAUGAGCAAAUGUAUACUAAGGUCCAAGGAAACUAUGUGCUUAGAAUAUGAAGCUAUGUUGAUGAUAAUAAGAGAUAAGAAUGAAUCUGGGAGUUCCCAUAGUGGUGCAGUGGUUAACGAAUCCGACUAGGAACCAUGAGGUUGCGGGUUCGAUCCCUGGACUUGCUCAGUGGGUUAACGAUCCAGCGUUGCCGUGAGCUGUGGUGUAGGUCACAGACUUGGCUCGGAUCCUGCGUUGCUGUAGCUCCGAUUAGACCCCUAGCCUGGGAACCUCCAUAUGCCGUGGGAGCGGCCCUAGAAAAGGCAAAAAGAAAAAAAAAAAAUGAAUCUGAAUAUCAGCUUUGAAAAGGGUUACCUUUUGGCCAAAUUGGCUUGCUUAAUUAAGUUAGGAUGAGAACAAAAGGGGGCUUUGACUCGGAUUUUUUUGUGUUUGGUUGCAUAAGGUCGUUAUGGAAAAAAGCAGGCUUAUUGCUACCUUCUCUCAUAUAAUUAGGAUUCUUUCCUAGGCAGCAGCCUCAAGAACAGAACAUCCCAGACCAGUCUUUGGUUAAAAAAAAUAAAGCAUUCUAUUUUAC